CGUCUCAACUCCAUCACGGAAUGGCUAAAAGCCAACGAAAAUUUGCUCACACCACCGCUAGAAACAGAGAAACCGAAGCGACUCAGAGACGUACGCGUUGCGCUCAAAGUGUGUGAAGAAAGCAUCGGAACUGUAGAGUCUUCCCUGCAGAAAUUGGCGGAAGCCUUUGAGAAUCUGGAAGAACGCUCAGCAGAUGACGACGCUCAGUACGAUAAGUAUGUAGAAUCUGCGAAUGACGUCAUAGUGAAACUGGAUAAUUUCAAAACCCUAUUGUGGGGGAUAUGGGAGGACUGUAUGGAGACGGCAAAUACCAAUCAGAACCUGGUGCUUCAGGCUACAGCUCCAAGUCCUCUUUCCAUCAGUAAGCUUCCAGAAAUACCCAUUCCGAACUUCAGCGGAAAGCGGUGGGAAUGGGAUAAUUACUGGACCUUGUUCCUAGCAAAUGUGCACCAGCAGGAACUUACGGACCUCCAAAAAUUCAACUACCUGCUGUCGUCGCUAAGCGGCGAAGCAAGGCAGUCGAUAUCCAGGUUUCAGGUUUCUGCUGCAAAUUACCAUAAAGCCAUAGAUCAUUUGAAAAAACGAUAUGGCCAUAAAGAUGGUAUAGUCCUUGAAUUGCACAGAAACUUGAACCUUUGUGCGGCACGGGGACCUCGUACAGAGGACCAACGUCAACUUUUUGAGAAGCUAUCCUCAAUAGCAACCCAACUCAAAGACCAUGGAGAACAUUUGGAUAAUUACCUAGCCGUGCAUACCUUCCUUCAAAAGUUCCAUGGAAGAAUCCAGAAAGCCGCCACAAAGCGUUGCAUGAGGCAUGAGUUACCGCUUCCUCAAGAAGAAUCUUAUCCCACUCAAACGGAAGGAGAACUUGACUGGACGCUAGACAUAUGGCUCAGCGUAAUAGAUAACAUUAUUUCGGAAGAAGAAAGGCUGCAGGAGUUGCUACCUAGAGAAAAGGAACGGGAAGCACCCCGGGUCCAACAGAGCAGAGGAUCAUAUGCAGUAACUUGUGAGUACUGCAAACUGAAAGGACAUAAGUGGAAUACAUGUCCCAAAAUCCCAACCCCAUCAUCCCGCAAGGCAUUUCUUCUAGAAUCUAACAGAUGCCUCAACUGUGGAUCAAACACACACAGGGUGGCAUCCUGUACUGGAGGAAACUGCCGGCAGUGCCACGGGAAGCACCAUACGGCCAUUUGCAGUAAGAGCGUAGGUCUCGCUGCACAUAAGGAUUUCAAACGAGACUCACCACAGAUGGUACAGCAACAACCAUCGAAACCCACGGUAGCACAGUCUUCAAAAAAUAAGUUCAGCAAGCCAUCGAAACAACAUGUCGUUACAAUUGAAAGUGACUCCCCAAAACAGGACGAAAACGAGGCAGUCGUGAUGCAGAUGAAUCAGCAACCUCGGAGCGUACAUAACAAGGUCAUUCUUUUGGUUGGCUCAGCAAACAUCCUGGAUUCGAUGGGAACGGUACGUGAAGCAACAGUACUACUGGAUACCGGGUCGGAACUUUCCUUUAUUACGGCAGACUUUGCCAAGGAACUAGGACUACCAGUGGUUGAGAGCGUUUCACUCAUGAUUAGCACGUUUGGUUCACAGAAUCCGUCCGAAAAAACUUGUGACGUAAUUACCCUUCACGUUCGUGAUAUCGAAGGUGGUCAGCACGAACUUCGUCUGCUCCGAACCGAGUACAUAACUGGAGCUAUCGAACAAGCUAACCUCGACCAAGGAGAUUUGGAAUUCAUUGACCGCCACGGAAUUGUAUUGUCACAACAAGGGAAGUCUACAGCGGUCAAACCUCAAAUCCUGUUAGGGUGCGACUAUCUCUGGGACUUCAUGCUGCCAGUGGGCAAACUCAUCCUCCCCUCUGGACUUCAACUCAUACCAACGAAGUUCGGGUAUAUUGUCACUGGCCAACGACCACAAAAGACAGUGGCAUCGGCAAUCUCUCUUACCAUCCAGAAUCCCGAAAUGGAAAAGGAUACUUGGGAUCGCUACUGGUCUUUAGAGUCUGAAAACGAUAUCUUCCAUGUUCACGAGGAUUUGCCACAGAGCACACAGGACAAGACGCCGCCGUUUGUGGUCAGAAAUCGCUAUUCUUCUUGCCACCUAUUCCACACUAUCAAGCGGAUGCCAGGAGGUCGAUAUUUUCGAUUAUCGGAUUCAAUCAUGUCGACAUUU